UUGGAUGUAUUUUUAGAAUAUCAACAAAAUAUUCGCGAUUAACGCUCACAUUCAAUCGUAAAAUACGUAUUGAUAUUACGUAUACGUUAAGGGAACGGUUAGGCAAAAUUUAAUCGGACGAAUUUAUUGAAACUCCAGUUUCGAAACAUUGAUCAUCGAUAUACGUUAUUGCAUUCGCUAUCUAAAGUUGACACAUGUUUACGCAAUAAUAAUUCUCAUUAACAUCUCUGGGGUUUUUCCUAAUUGGUAUUUGUAUCGGCCCCUACGUAAUGCUAAUUUUUCUGAAGAAAAGUGAGAUUUCUCGUGAAGUGAUGUCCUUUUAUUUUGGUUCUCGUCGCGGCACCAAACCAGGCUGCAUACCGGCGUUCUACAGAGAAGUCUACGAGAAGAUCUGCUCUCCCACAAGUGGAAAUGUAGAACGAGAGGUGUUUAAAUCCCUUCUUGUCAAGUCUCAGCUGAGCAGCUCCGUUCUCAGCCAGAUAUGGGAACUCGUGGACAGCAAGACGGGUUAUCUGACCAGGAGCGGAUUGUACAAGGGUCUUGCUCUAGUCGCGUUUGCUCAGCAGGGAAAGCACCCAAGCGACAAACUCCUGGAGAAUUCCGAAUCUCAAGAGUUACCUGUUCCUGUUCUGGGCGAUCUCUCCGAGGUAACGCUUUUGGCUCAAAGAUUGCACAAAGGCAGCAAUCCAGCCAAAUUGAAUCUCACUUAUUCCGAUAUAUGCAAUCUGGACACGAUAGAGGUGAACUUAGUGCCUGAGAAAAAAGGAAUCUUUUUGAAACACGUGGAGUAUCAAGUGACCAGCAAAAGAUUCAAUUCCGUCGUUUAUAGACGUUACAACGACUUCGUGUCGUUGCACGAACUUCUCUUGGCGAGAUUUCCCUACAGGUUGAUACCGAAAUUACCACCGAAGAAAAUCGUAGGAGCGGAUUCUCAAUUUCUCGAAGAAAGAAGACGAUCUUUGCUAAGAUUUCUCACCGUGAUCGCUCGUCACCCUGUAGUGAGCAAAGACCAUAUUGUACAAUUCUUCUUUACUUACACCGGUGAAGAAACGCAACACAAGAUACGAGAAGUAUUUAGGCGAGUACCCGAUGAGUUCGCGACGUCAGAAUUAUCGUCGAGGGCAAAGGAACUGGUGCCACCGGAAACAUUAACCGAAUUUGCGAACAGCCGCGACCAAAUCAGAGUAAUACUUCUUGGAAUUUCUCGACUGAAGAAUAUCGCUGAUUGUCUGGCAAUCAGAUCGCAUAGUUACGCGGUAGAUAUGGCAGAACUGGGUACGCAAUUAAGCAAUUUGGCCUCAGAACCUCAUGGCACUACGGCAUGGGCCACCGGUGGUUCCACUAUUUGGCAAGAGAUGAAGAAGGGCUUCCACAUAAUUUCAAAAGAAUUUAAUUUACUUUCAACGAGAGCUCUACAACAAGCAGUCAGAGAGGAAACGAGAGUAUGUGAAAGGCUGAAUCUCCUGUUGGACGUGCUAGUGGCGCAUAGAAUCCUAUGCGAAAGGCACGAGCGUGGUGUCAGUGCCGAUCAUCAGCGCGCAUUGUCUACGAUGUUGUCCUUAAAGAAGAGGCAAAUGCAGGGCGUUAUACGCGGAACUGACAGUGACACUGUCGAAUACCUGGAAAAUAAGAUGGUUGCUCAAGAAUCGGUGAUUGCAAACGUCGAGUUGCGAAAUUGCUUUUCGUUACACUGUUUACACAUGGAGACGCAGCUCGUUCACGCUCAUUUGGAAAUACUCGCCACGGUUCUACAAAGUCUUGUCAAUGUUCAAAUACGCGGCCAUUCUGAGCUCGCUGAGGUGUGGAAGUUGAUAGAGCCAACAAUUAUGAAGUGUUUACCAGAGAAAUCAACCAGUGGAUCAAAUGGAAUUUCAUAGCGGGGAACGAAAACCUAGGUAAAGGUAAGCCUUGUUAUUAAGGAAGAAAAAAAUUCGCGAAAUAAUUAUAACGGUUAUAAGAUGCCCAUAUUAAAAACAUUUAGAAGACAAAUGUAUCUAAUUGCGCCAUAUAUCAUUAUUAGCAAUAAACACUGAUCAUUUAAAAAGAAGAAUCCAGGUGCAAUGCGUAAUUAUACGUUUGCAAUUAGAUGUAUAAAAAUAUGGUGUACAUGCUAUUAUAUUUUAAACAUAUACAAUUCGAAGACUUUUGUAAUACAUUCCUUGUUGUGUACUUAAUAUAUUUUAUGAGGUAACCGAUACUCGUUAGACGAGCAUAUAAUAUUGUAUAUACAAUAAAUGACGCUUUCUUUUGUAAAGAUGAAUAAUUAGAUAAAACUCCUGUAUAAAAAUACUAAAAACUUGUAAAUAAUUUGUUUACCGACAUAUUGUGUUUUUUAUACGAUUUAGAAGUCUGACGAGAAUUAAUGUAAUUUCCGUACAUCACGUUGAUCGUGGAUACGCGGUAUAUUUUACACACAUUUAUAUACGAUACCCGCCUUUGUAUACUGGUAACAAAAUAUAUAUUGUUAUUGAAUAA